GAUAGCGCCUAUCAAACGGGCUAAAUUUAGCUUGUGACAUAACCUUUGACAUACCCAAGGUAUGUGGAGCAGAUUGUUCUGUGAGCCACCAUAGGAUUCUUUAACUUUUACAAAAGGACGCGCACGGAAAGGAGCAGUUUUACGCAUUUCACCAACGCUUCGACUACCUCUCCAAAAUGAACCUCAUCGGAAGCUACCAUCCUCACCAUCUGAUGCACGAAACUUUUCCCUUCGCGGCUCGGUGCCACCAAAACAACCCAUACAUCCGUAGCUGGUUGAUACAUAACGAUGAGCAGCACCCUUCAGACCUUCAACUACACGCGUCAACAAACUGGACAGAAUUUGGAGAACCUGCGUCGGAGGAUCCCCAAGACUCCUUUUCAGCCCGGAUGGCCAAAACGAGGCGCGCAACUACCCCGAAGAAGGAAAGGCGCAGGACAGAGAACAUUAACAUUGCAUUUGCUGAACUCAGAGACUGCAUCCCAAAUGUUCCAUCUGACACGAAACUGUCUAAGAUUAAAACACUGAGGCUCGCCACAAGUUACAUUGCUUACCUCAUGAGUGUUUUAGCGAAUGGACCCGCUUCUGAGGGGUUCAAGGCUGAAUUGCAGAGUAAAGACAAUUCAUAUUCGAAAAGGAAGCGAGAGCCAAGAGAAAUGAUAAAGAGUGAAGACAAGCCAGAUGACAGUUGUCGAGAAAAGAAGUUAAAAGGACGCACUGGCUGGCCACAGCAAGUUUGGGCACUUGAGUUAAAUCCGUAGUUCAGAAAUGUGGACACAUUUUCCAUGUGCAACCAACCGUUAUUUAUAUUAAUUACCCAUUCUCAAUUGUCUU